AUGCUUUACGAUAGGUUCAAGGGAAUUAUCGCUGUCUCCAAAGAAGCGGGAGACGGGACUCCCCACACGUACAGCAGUGAAACAGACCGCCGAAAUAGCCAUCCUUUAGACCGCACUGAACCUCCCGAGGUGGAAUCUGAUGCCGAGAUCAUGGAACCUCGGCCCUCUGAGCGUCCAACCACACUGGACUUUUAUAAGAGACGUGCAGAGCAAUACAAGGAGAAGAACGCAAAACUUGAGAAGAGAAAUGCUUCGGCAAAGUCCGUACUCGAAAGAAAGGAUAUUGAGAUUGAAUCUCUUUCACAGAAAAACAAGGAGAUGACGCUUGAGGUAGAUAAUCUCAAUGAGGUUAUCGCGGGACAGGAUCGCCGUAUCACCACCCUCGGAAGGAUGAUGGAUGAGCAGGAUCUCCAUAUGAAGAAGCUUGAAGAAACAUUGGCUGUAAAGCAGCAGAACAUCGCCGAACUAACCGAAGCGAUAUCAAGAUCCACACCCAGCGUCAAUACAGUCACAAGAGACGAUGCCUAUUUCGACGGAGAGUUCUCAGGCUUGGCUGGAGCUAUCCGUCAAUGGGCCUUCAGAUAUUUCGACGACGGACCAGAGGUAAACCACAGAAGCCUUCCGCAGAGACUGCAAGCCGCAAUGGCAGCUACCAUCAGUGAUUACUACCCGGUGCCGGAUAGAACGGUUGUGAUGAAAGAUAUCGAAGCAUCGAUCACCGAGUUGGUAGUCGAAUGGGCUUUUCGCUGGCAGUUGGUAUUUAGAAUUCUUGGCGAAAGGCGCCCGCCUAUUAUGCUAGAAGAUUUUGGGGGAACGGACCGUGAAAGACAAGAGUUGAAAGCUCAGAUGAUAAACUUGCUCAUGAGCAAUCCCAAGUUCGAGCGAGAGUUGCGCGCCCAAAUUUUCUAUCGGACAGGUCGCGUUUACCGCUUAUUUAGUAGCCUUGUGAAAGCAGGGUGUGAAGAUAAAUGCGGACAGGCGUUGUUCUCAAUCCUGGAGAAGGCGGCCAAUCUCGGAUUCGAAACCUCGCGACAAGUGUCGGAAUUCUUACUGCCGCAAAUCCAACCAGGGUCAAAAUACGUGGCUAGUAUCAUGGAAGACACGACCGACACGGUUGAUGAGGAUGAGGAGUUGACCGGAAAACAUUCUCACCAUUUUACGGUUCAGACGGUAUUGUUCCCGCCAGUACAGAGAAGGGAUCUAGAUGAAACAGGCACGUUUAUAAAGGAGCCGAUGACAGUUCGCAGAACGAUGGUAACGGUUCAGAGCUCUCAGAAACGGAAUGACGUGGUUAGGUAG